GUGCUUUGGGAAAGUUUCAGAGGAACAAUCCGCCAACCUUUGAAGGAGCAUACGACCCUGACAAAGCACAGGCAUGGCUGAAAGCAAUUGAGAAGAUCUUUCGAGUCAUGAAUUGUACUGACGCGCAGAAGGUGCAGUUUGGCACCCAUAUGCUUGAGAAAGAAGCUGAAGAUUGGUGGGACAACACUGUUCAGAGGUUUGAAGGUGAUGGGAUGGAGAUUACUUGGGAUCUUUUCAAGGGUGCAUUUCUGGAGAAGUACUAUCCAGAAGAUGUGCGUGGAAAGAAGGAAAUUGAGUUUCUUGAACUCAAGCAGGGUAAUGGAACCGUGGCGGAGUAUGCUACAAAGUUUGAGGAAUUGAUUAAGUUUUGUCCCCACUACAAUACUGCCGAAGCUGAGAGAUCUAAGUGUAACAAGUUUGUGAAUGGUUUGAGACCUGAGAUCAAGAAGGUUGUGGGAUAUCAACAGAUUAUCCGAUUUUCUGACCUGGUUAACAGGAGUAGGAUAUAUGAUGAGGAUAGCAGGGAAAGUGCUGCUCACUACAAGUCUUUGAAAGAGAAGAAAGAAAAGGGGCAAUUCAGAGGGAAACCGUAUGGGAAUCCUGUUGAUAACGGUAAACAAGAAGCUGGUAAUGACAAGAAGCCGAGUGGGGGAGGAGCUCCUAAUCCGGUUAGGUGCUACAAGUGUGGUGUUGAAGGACAUCGUUCUCCUGAAUGUCCCAAUUCAGAAGCAACAUGAUUUAAGUGUGGCAAGCUGGGCCACAAAUCCUUUGAGUGCCUAGAAGGUAAAACUGUGGCAUGCUACAGAUGUGGAGAGCAAGGUCACAUCAGUACUAAUUGUGACAAACCCAAGAAGGAUCCUGCAAGGGGGAAGGUGUUUGCUUUAUCUGGUGCUGAGACUACUGCUGAGGAUAGACUAAUUCGAAGUAAUUAGGAGGAGUAGUCUAUAGCCUUUAUUUCGAGUUGGAGUCCUUGCUCUGAUACGUAGCACUCGGGGGGGAAAUGGACGCUUGUUUUCCUUCUGUUAUAAUUUGAAUUAAGUUGUUAUUUGAGAAGUUGUUUCUGUUUUAAGUUGUGGGCAAGAUACUAUGUUUUCUUUAAGUUUUAAAGACACUGGAUUCGCUGCAUAACUAUUUGUCAAAGUGAACUAGUUCAAAGACUAAUUAACUGUCACAAGAGCAUUUAAGUUUAUUUAUGAGUUCAUCUCAAAGUUUAUGUGCUAUGUAUCUGUUACAGGAGCAUUAUGAUAAUGUUUUAAGUGAUUAUGUAAUGCCCCAUGAGUGUUAGAAUUUUUAUCACUCUGAUAUUUGCAAUACAUAUACCGUUUAGAAUUGGGGUGUUACAUUAGUGGUAUCAGAGCAAUGGUUGGUCAGUGACCAAGUUUUUAGUAUAAUAUAUAUUCUAAUACUUACUGAUACUCGAUAUGUGUAAGUAGCACUAUCGAGCUGUUGUUUGAUAAGAGUUGUUGGCUGUUUGGAGAUUCAGGAAAAUGGUUGCCGGAAGGAAUGAUGAAGCUAUCGCUGAGGCAUUGGCAAUGUUGGUUGGCGCCAUUGGGCAAGGUCAGCAAGCGAACCUUGGGAACCAUAAUCAGGAUGAAUUCCGUGCUUUGGGAAAGUUUCAGAGGAACAAUCCGCCAACCUUUGAAGGAGCAUACGACCCUGACAAAGCACAGGCAUGGCUGAAAGCAAUUGAGAAGAUCUUUCGAGUCAUGAAUUGUACUGACGCGCAGAAGGUGCAGUUUGGCACCCAUAUGCUUGAGAAAGAAGCUGAAGAUUGGUGGGACAACACUGUUCAGAGGUUUGAAGGUGAUGGGAUGGAGAUUACUUGGGAUCUUUUCAAGGGUGCAUUUCUGGAGAAGUACUAUCCAGAAGAUGUGCGUGGAAAGAAGGAAAUUGAGUUUCUUGAACUCAAGCAGGGUAAUGGAACCAUGGCGGAGUAUGCUACAAAGUUUGAGGAAUUGAUUAAGUUUUGUCCCCACUACAAUACUGCCGAAGCUGAGAGAUCUAAGUGUAACAAGUUUGUGAAUGGUUUGAGACCUGAGAUCAAGAAGGUUGUGGGAUAUCAACAGAUUAUCCGAUUUUCUGACCUGGUUAACAGGAGUAGGAUAUAUGAUGAGGAUAGCAGGGAAAGUGCUGCUCACUACAAGUCUUUGAAAGAGAAGAAAGAAAAGGGGCAAUUCAGAGGGAAACCGUAUGGGAAUCCUGUUGAUAACGGUAAACAAGAAGCUGGUAAUGACAAGAAGCCGAGUGGGGGAGGAGCUCCUAAUCCGGUUAGGUGCUACAAGUGUGGUGUUGAAGGACAUCGUUCUCCUGAAUGUCCCAAUUCAGAAGCAACAUGAUUUAAGUGUGGCAAGCUGGGCCACAAAUCCUUUGAGUGCCUAGAAGGUAAAACUGUGGCAUGCUACAGAUGUGGAGAGCAAGGUCACAUCAGUACUAAUUGUGACAAACCCAAGAAGGAUCCUGCAAGGGGGAAGGUGUUUGCUUUAUCUGGUGCUGAGACUACUGCUGAGGAUAGACUAAUUCGAAGUAAUUAGGAGGAGUAGUCUAUAGCCUUUAUUUCGAGUUGGAGUCCUUGCUCUGAUACGUAGCACUCGGGGGGGAAAUGGACGCUUGUUUUCCUUCUGUUAUAAUUUGAAUUAAGUUGUUAUUUGAGAAGUUGUUUCUGUUUUAAGUUGUGGGCAAGAUACUAUGUUUUCUUUAAGUUUUAAAGACACUGGAUUCGCUGCAUAACUAUUUGUCAAAGUGAACUAGUUCAAAGACUAAUUAACUGUCACAAGAGCAUUUAAGUUUAUUUAUGAGUUCAUCUCAAAGUUUAUGUGCUAUGUAUCUGUUACAGGAGCAUUAUGAUAAUGUUUUAAGUGAUUAUGUAAUGCCCCAUGAGUGUUAGAAUU